AUGUCAAAUAUAACAACAACAGCAACUAAAUUGACAAUUAAUACACCAAAAUAUUAUAAUCAAUUUCGAGAUAUACAUAAUAUUUUAGUCAAAUUUACUAAUCCAUAUAUAUUCAUAAUUGGAUUUAUUGGUCUCAUUACUAAUACGUCAACUAUUGUGCUUCUAUCAAAAAAUUUUGUAACAAAAAGUCUUAAACAUAAAUGGGCAUUAAUUGCAUUAGCUCUUAGUGAUAUUAUUUAUAAUAUUGCUUUAUUAAUUCGAGUUUUUCAUGGUUUUUUUGGUGGAAACCAUAUAUAUUUUGUUAUAACUAUUUCAUUUCUUAGUCAUUUAGCUGAAGUACUUUCAGCUUGUUUUACUGUAUUAUUUACUAUACAACGUUAUACUGCUGUUCGAUAUCCAAUUCAAGCAGCUACACAUAAACGAUUAUCACCAAUUGUUUCUUGUUUAUUAAUUCUUGCAUUUAGUAUUGUAUUUUAUUCUUUAUUAAUACAUUAUAAUGAUUACUCUGAGGGUACCGAAGAACUUCAUUUAUUUUGGUUUAUUACUGAUGCUUUAUUCUCGUUUGUCAUUCCAUUUUCCCUUAUUUUAAUGUUCAAUAUACUAAUUAUUAAUUUAAUUCGUAAACACGGACGUUCACCUAUUACUGUACAAUCAACAUUACGACGUGAUAAACAAGUUAAAUAUACAAAAAUUCGUCAACAAAACCAAAAUAAUCCUCGUGAGGAAAGUUGUUCAGGAACGUAUUCGUAUGGUUGUCCACCGACUUUACAGGGUACAUUAUCAGAAGCGGAUAACGAUAAAAAAAUUAAUUUAAUUAAUUCAUUGAACAAACAUGAUGAAAGUACUACUUUAAUGAAAAAGAAAGAAACAAUAGUAUUAUAUAAUAAUGUCGAUGGAACUCAAUUGCAGUCAAAUAACAAAUGUAUUUCAAUAUCACCAAACGAAAUAGUAUAUCCAGAUAUGGUAACAAAUGAUCUUUCACAAACAUCUAAACAAGAUACCACAUUACUACAUAAUGAUAAGAAAAAAAUGCCUAAUAUAUCAUUAAAUUUAAAUGGAUCACAAGAAGUCGUAUUUUCAUCAUAUGAUGCAGAGUAUGUUUCUCCUAAAGAUAGUCAAACAACACAAUCAAUUCGUGUUACACGUAUGCUUGUUCUUGUUUCAACAUGUUUUCUUAUACUCAAUGCACCAGUACAUAUAUGUAUGAUAGCCCUGAAAAUUUAUACUACUAUUAAUACACCAGUUUUUCAUGAACAUACUGAACUGUCGAAUUUCCUACAUGGAGCAAAUUUAACAGAUAGUUCAUCAAAAAAGUUUGUUUAUAUUCAAGCAGAUGAUAAUGUAACACAUCACAAUGAUACAUCAUCACUUGAUAUGAAUGAUGUUGACGAUAAAAUUCUCAUUCAUCUAAUCUAUAUGGCCAUUUUAAUUACACAAGCGAUAUCAUAUGCAUCAUAUUCAAUUAAUUUUCUUCUUUACUCUUUUAGUGGUAUAACCUUUCGAACAGGUCUAAGACAAUUCCUUAAUAAACUGCGCAGUCAUUAG